UCUUUGGAGUAAUUGCCGUUUGCCAGGUGGUUGUGAAUGGGCAAAUAGUUCACGUUAGAGGAACUGUUGUUUACUUGAAAAGCUGUCACGCCAGUCACUGAGAUUUGUACAGACUUUUAACACAACUUCUUCAAAUAUACUACACAUUCAUAAAGGCACAAAUAUGCCGUGUCCUUUUAUGUCAUAUUUGUCUCCAAAUUUUGUUCGCAAUUAUGGGGCCAAUCUUAUUAAAACCUAUGGAAAAUUCUGUCCCGUGAUCUCACGCCUUGUCACUACUGUGGCAUCAGUUGAUUCAAAUGCUGAAGCAGCAGAUGCCAUGAAAAAGUGUCCUUUUCUAGCAGAGGUUACACCUUUGGUAAAAGAGGCUAGCAAAGAAAUGCAAGAUGAUGUUAUUGAGCUGUCUCCAUCAGCAGAAAAAGUGGAGCAGAUAAGAGAAGAAGUUUCAAAGUUAGAAGAAAAAGAUAUUACUGAAAAAACUGAAAUUCCUUUGAAAAAGAGCAAAACUGGUGAUGACAUCUUCCAGUAUGAGGAAUUCUUUCAUGAACAGAUAAUGCGAAAAAAGAAAGAUCAUUCGUACCGUAUAUUCAAGAAAGUUAACAGAUUGGCAUCCGCAUUUCCUGCUGCAUAUGAAUAUAGUUGGGGUGAAAGGCCUAUUACAGUUUGGUGUUCAAAUGAUUAUCUCGGGAUGUCAUGUCAUCCAAAAGUUAAGGAGGCUGUGAGGCAAGCCUUAGAGACCCAUGGAGCUGGAGCUGGAGGAACUCGUAACAUUUCUGGAAAUUCUAUGUUUCAUGAGAAGCUGGAAGCUGAAUUAGCAUCAUUACACCAAAAAGAAGCUGCACUCCUGUUCACUUCUUGCUUUGUAGCUAAUGAUUCUACCCUGUUUACUCUUGCCAAAGCUUUGCCUGGUUGUCACAUAUUUUCUGAUGCAGGAAAUCAUGCUUCAAUGAUUCAUGGAAUUCGUAACAGCCAUGUGCCCAAACACAUUUUUCGCCACAAUGAUGUAAAGCAUUUGGAGGAACUUUUAUCAACGUUACCUGUUUCUGUCCCAAAAAUUGUUGCAUUUGAGACUGUUCAUUCAAUGACUGGAGCAGUUUGCCCAUUAGAAGAGAUGUGUAACGUAGCACACAAAUAUGGAGCAAUUACAUUUGUAGAUGAAGUCCAUGCUGUAGGUCUGUAUGGACAUAAUGGUGCUGGCAUUGGAGAGCGAGAUGGGCAGCUGGAUAACAUGGAUAUUAUUUCAGGAACAUUGGGGAAAGCAUUUGGAAAUGUUGGAGGCUACAUUGCUGGUUCAGCAAAUCUUGUGGAUAUGAUAAGGAGCUAUGCAGCGGGUUUCAUCUUCACAACAUCUUUGCCACCUACUGUGUUAUCUGGAAGUUAUGCUGCAGUGCAGAUUCUUCGUUCACCUGAAGGUCGAGCAUUGCGUGCUAAGCACCAACAGAAUGUUCAGUAUUUGCGUGAGAAGUUGAUAGCUGCUGGUUUUCCAGUAGAACCCACACCGUCUCAUAUUAUCCCCAUAAAGGUUGGUGAUCCAAUUAGCUGCAGUCAACUAUCUGAUGAGCUGAUACAAAGGUUUGGCCACUAUGUGCAGAGUAUCAAUUACCCUACUGUCCCCAAAGGGCAAGAGAAAUUACGACUUGCGCCAACACCCCAUCAUACUCCUGAAAUGAUGAAUCGUCUUGUGGCAGACAUGAGAGAUGUUUGGAUCACUAUUGGUCUUCCUCUACACAACUCAUAAGAUCACCAGGCUUUCAAUAUGACAAACAUCAGUGCUGCCAGAGUCUGAACAAACUGGGACAUUUUAAUUGUUCCAGAAUUUUAACAGCAUCUUUGCAUCUCAACGCUGGUCGUUUCAAGGAAUAACAUGCUUAUGACCAAAAGUCCAAAAACAAAUAAUUUGCUUAAUAGGUUGCUCUCUUUAGAUCGAGUGAUCUGAUUUAUUGUGUCUCAAAUUUAUUUUUAUAACAAUUUUAGAAAAUUAUUACAGUAUUUAUGUGUUAUUGUGAACUCUCAGGUUUUAAUUACUCUAAUUUUAGACAGAUGAUGAUCAUAUUGCUCCAUGUCUGUGUGGAAGUGUAUUUGAUGAAUGUAUUACUUAUGAUGUAAUGCUACAUUUCUAGCUGGAAAGCAUGGAUUUAUUUCUGAUCAUUUGUUUAUUUUUACAAGAAAUUUGAAAUUUUGCAUUUUUAAAAAAGUAUCAAGUAAUUUAAAAAGAAUACUUUUCCUACAAACCGUGAGUGUGUCUGUGCGGGAUAGAGGGGAGAAAUUGUAAGUUUGGUGGAAAAAAAGACCAAAUUUUAACUUGCAAUUCAGUGUGAAACUUUUAAUGUGUUAGAAAUUGUUCACUAUCACUGGUCAAUUUCUGGUGAUACUACAUCCAACUUAUCCUAAAACAAUAAAGUAAUAAUGUAAUUAUAUCCUUCUCUGAAAUUAAAUGCUUGAAGAAAAAGCUCCAAUGUAGGAAGAUUAAAAUUAUCAGCAUUACUACAGAAAGAAAGUAUCACUGGGGUUUAUAAAUAGAAUACACAACAGCAUUAUUUUGAAUAUAUUUAUUGUGAGUAUAUUGUGAGUAUAUUUUGUGGAACUAGCACAACAUUUUCUGUAGUGUAAGCUACAUUUUGGAGUUUUUCUUUGUUUGAACAUUAAACAAGGAUCAAUUACAGUAUGCAGCCAUUAAUUUGGAAUGACACUUUAUUAACAUGAUUAUAUUCUGUUCCUAUAUGAGGAGCACAAAAUUUCAUUUCUGGUGAUCUCCAUGUGUUGGAUUGAUUGUAUGUUGCACAUUCCUUUGCCUUUCACUGCCACAUGUGUUUCCAUUAAAAAGCCUUACAUAGCCAUUUUCUAAUGGAGACCACUCACUCAAAUAUAUUAUGUGCUGAUGUGUUUCAUUGACAUAGGCCCAAGUCAAUAUGGCAUGAAAUUUUGAACAUGUAAUUGUUCACAAAUUAAACCACUGAUUAUUUGUAAUGUCAUGCUGUGCAAACUGUGGAGAGUGUAAUGAUUUAUAAUCAGAUGACUUUGUUAUUGAGGAGACAUUAAAUCUUAAUUGUCCUUCCUUUUUUCUACUUUCUUAAUGCAACAUUAGUAUUAAUUAUACAAUUUUUUGUGCUAGUUGGUGGUGAAUAGUACUGCUUAGUUUAGAGAAAAUGUGAAUAUUUCUUUGACUUUGCCAUUUAACUGGCAGAUAGAAGUAUUUGGCAAGAUAAAAGUGUGUUGGAAAUAAUUUUGUUCAAAAAUGAAAAUAUUUUAUACCUUAUGUCAAGGAAACAAUGAACAUGUAAAAGAAGUUACGUGGCUUGCAGGCACACAGGCUCUGCAAUUUCAGUAACUUGGAUUUUAGUAUAAUCAGAUGUGCAAGAUAUUUUUGGUCAUUUUUAAACUCCUCUUUGUCCUGCAUUAUGAGCACAGAGCUAGUUUCAUGUUCUGUAGUGAAUGUUGCAUUUACACUGUUGAUUGUGAAAAGCACUUAACAUUGUUGUAUCAAAGAAAUGUUAUUUAGAUAUACUUACUCCUAACAAGGGAACCUCCCCAUCGCACCCCCCUCAGAUUUAGUUAUAAGUUGGCACAGUAAAUAGGCCUUGAUAAACUGAACACAGAUCAAUUGAGAAAACAGGAAGAAGUUGUGUGGAACUGUGAAAAAAUAAGCAAAAUAUACAAACUGAGUAGUCCGUGGGCGACAUAGGCAACAUCAUGGACAAUGUGAGUUCAGGAGCGCCGUGGUAGCGUGAGCAGCUGCAGAACGGGAGGUCCUUGGUUCGAGUCUUCCCUCGAGUGAAAAUUUUACUUUCUUUAUUUUUGCAUAGUCAUUAUCUGUCCGUUCGUUCAUUGAUGUCUCUGUUCACUGUAAUAAGUUUAGUGUGUGUGUGUUUUACGACCGCAUCGCAAAACCGUGCGAUUAGUAGACGAAAGGACGUGCCUCUCCAAUGGGAACCGAAAACAUUUGAUCGCAAGGUCAUAGGGCAACCGAUUCUUCCACAGGAAAACACAUCUGAUAUAUUCUAUACGACACUGGUGGCGGCAUGUGCGUCACAUGACAGGAAUAUGUUGUCGACCCACCGAACUUGUACACUUGGUGAAUGGGUAAAAAGAUUCUUCUACCUCGCCCGAUUUAGGUUUUCUUGUGGAUGUGAUAAUCACUCCCAAAAAAGUGAUGAAAACAUAAGAGUUUGUCACAUAAACUGAAAAUAAAAAAUUAAACUUUUCACUCGAUGGAAGAUUUGAACAAAGGACCUUUCGUUCCACAGCUACUCACGUUACCACGAGACCACGAUGCUCCUGCGGUCCCAGUGUCCUUGAUGUUGCUUAUCUUCCCAUGGACUACUCAGUUUGUAUAUUUUGCUUAUUUUUUCACAGUUCCACACAACUUCUUCCUGAAACUUCCUGGCAGAUCAAAACUGUGUGCCCGACCGAGACUCAAACUCGGGACCUUUGCCUUUCGCGGGCAAGUGCUCUACCAUCUGAGCUACCGAAGCACGACUCACGUCCAGUACUCACAGCUUUACUUCUGCCAGUAUCUCGUCUCAUUCUGGGAACUUCUUCCUGUUUUCUCAAUUGAUCUGUGUUCAGUUUUUGAAGGCCUAUCCACUGUGCCAACUUACAACUAAAUCUGAGGGGGGUGCGAUAGGGAGGUUCCCUUGUCAGUGUUAAAAAAAUCAUAAUCGGGCUGACAGGAGAAUUUUAUGUUUUAGUCUUGAAAAACAGUGGCAUACAUUUGAAAACAUGAUGAUGUACAAAAAGAACGUAAGUUUGGUCUGACUGCUGCACAACACAUUUUGUAAAAACACACAUGGAUGACAGUUUCUGUAGCCUGAUUGUGAUUCAUGUCAAUGUUGAAUGUGAUCUUUAAUUUACCACAUGCAUGUUCUACUGUUUUGUUUUUGGUUUUGUAAUCUGUUUUCUGUCAGUCUUCAUUUUAAUAAACAGUCUUUAAGUAAUUAGUUACUUGAUUCAGAUUUGAGAUGAUUUUGAGAAACAGAUUUUUCUUUGUAGUUUUUUCAAUUUUGUAGUACUGUAGCAAAUGAAAAAAAGCUAUUUUUAUCUCACUAUAUACAAUCAUGUUCGAGAGUCUUAGGUACUGAGAAGGUACUGAGAUUUGAAGUAAAUUCACAACCAAACUAGUUAAACUGUUGACUUCAUAUUUGUCAUCUGUUAUGUACCUUGUAUUUUGUGAUUCUCAGUUUGUAUGUUUGAGAGAUAUUUAAAUUCUCUCUCUGUCACACACUGUUAGGUGGCUCGCAGACUAUAAAUGUUGAUGUCUUAAUGUAUGGGCAGCAUUAAGAGACUUUAAUUUAUAAUAUGUAAUUCUUUUAAUGCUCUGUGUCAUCAUUCCUACUGAAUGCUAAUGAGAGUUCGGUAUACAGUAUUUACAAAUUCAGGUCAAUAUUUUGUGUGCACAAGAAUCAUUAUUUUUGUAAUAAAUUCUAGUCGUUGAUAAUUGUAAUUUUUCUCUGGAUAUGGCAGUUUCAUUAUAAGUGUGAAAAGAAACUAAUUAUGCUGCAUAUGUGUUCAAAAUGGAACAAAUAUAAAA